AUGCCAUGUUACAUCAUUAACCUGAACCACUGCUUGUUAAUAUGCACUGUGAACAAGAAAAUCACCACUCUGUUCACAAGUCAACCACAUUGCUGUGGGUCUGGAGUCACAUGUAGGCCAGACCAGGACACACUGGGAAAGCUAAAGGAUCUUGCACAGUUGAAAGGUCAACUGGAGAGCAUCCAGCGGAGGGUGGAAGAGGAGGUACAAAUGGGAAUGCCCAAUGGUGGCUCCCUGUUGUCCUCUCCAUUCCUGAAGGGGUUCCUGACGGGAUACGUCGUGGCCAAGCUGCGAGCCUCUGCUGUCCUGGGUGUGCUAGUGGGGACAGUCACUGGGAUCUAUGCAGCCCAAAACUACAACAUCCCCAAUAUAGAAAACUCAGUCAAGGAUUACCUGAACUCUAUGAAGAAAGGACCAAAGUAAUAAUCAUCCCUCCAUCUCUGCAGUCUCUGAGCCAGUUGACUCAUAUCAGGGAACGGGGAACUGCAGGACAAUCAAAUGUGAACGUGGAGUGCAACUGGCCUUUGAUAUUGUUGCUGUAAAUGACUUAUAAAGCUUGACUGCUGUAGCUUGAUGUUCACAAUGAAUCUGACUGAAAAACGGGUGCAUGCAAACGCACAAUUGCCUUCUCGCUUCUCUAUCUGUUCUCACUGCAUCUUUCCUGGCCUUGUACCCAACCCAGCAACAUUUGCCUCGCGUGAAUGAAUUUGUUUUUUGGCGAGCUGCUUCAGAAAAGAAAUGGAAACUCUCGAAGAUCCUGGCAGUUUUGGCUUGUCUCCUGCGACGGGUCGGAUGAGGGGCCAGUUCGGCUGGGGACUUGUGCUGCUUCUCUCUGUUCUUGCCUAUGGCUCGCAUGCACCUUUGAUCAGCCUGUGCAAGGUGGGCGGGAGGGUGCCCUUCAGUUCCUCCUCUGUUGUGGUUCUGGUCGAGCUGGCAAAGCUCACCAUGUCUUCCGUGUUAUUCCUAGCUCGUGACCGCGGCAGUUUUGCCAGCGGGGGAGCUAUCUCAGUGUGGGCAGCCCUCCCGUUCGCCGUGCCCGCCUCCCUUUACGCAGUCAACAACAAUCUGGUUGUCCAUAUGCAGCACCACAUGGACCCUGUGACCUUUCAGGUGCUGAGCAACCUCAAGAUUGCAACCACUGCUGCCUUCUACAGCCUGCUGCUCCGCCAGUGGCUGCCUGCACGCAAAUGGCUGGCGCUGCUCCUGCUGAUGGCAGCUGGGGUUUGCCACACUGGUGCCAUGCAUGGCCGGGCAGGAAAGAUGGAGCCAGCGACCCAUGGCCGCCUGUACAUCACUCUGCAGGGUGCGAUUGCCAUCACUGCCUACUGCUCGAUAUCUGGCCUCUCUGCAGUGUACACAGAGUGGGCUCUGAAGUCCCAGCCACUGCCCCUCAACCUCCAGAACCUGUUCCUGUAUGCGUUCGGUGUUGCUGUCAAUCUGAUGGUGCACACAGCCAGCUCCCCCUCCACCAGCUUCUUCCAAGGCUACUCAGUCUGGGUGGCUGUGAUAAUUGGCAGCCAGGCUCUGAAUGGCUUGCUGAUGUCGGUCAUCAUGAAAUAUAACAACAACAUGACCAGACUCUUUGUCAUUUCCUGCUCCAUGUUAGUUAAUGCAGCCCUCUCUGUCCUCUUGUUUGACCUGCAGCUCACCCCAUUGUUCUUUGUAGCAGUGGGGCUUAUCUGCCUGGCUAUUCAUCUCUACUAUCGAGUUAGGUAAUACUGAUCGACAGGGUCAUAGUCCAUUUGGAUUCAGAUUGCGUCCUCCCUGUCCCAUCCAAUUUGUUUUAAUUUUAUAGAUUACCUUUUUGUAUUAGGUUUUCUCAACACUGACUCUCAUCACAUUCAGUCUAUCUUGCCUCAUGCAACACCACUUUGAUGUCACUGAAGUGAAGGUGGGUCGAAUAAGGGAGUCAUCAUGUGAUUGAGCUGUUGGCUUAUGAUGUCUUAAUGUCCGAAUGUGGGAACCACUGUUCUUCACAUUUUUACUGCUAGGGCCUGAGCCACUGCUUCUUCAUUUCCAGCAUCUCUCUGUCACAAGGCUUGCCACCCCAGGAGACGUUCCUUAAACAAAAAUCUUUUCCACUUCAUUUCAUUUGAAUUUUUUUUUUAAAGUUUCAAAAAUCAUCCAAUCAGGUGAUUAGAAUCAUUUCACUUCUGAGGUCCUCUUUGAGCUUGAUUGACAUAGAACAGUUUUUGUUCGGUGCAGUGGAAGCUGUGUGACUUCAGGCUGGCUAUGAAGAGAAUCCAGAGCCAACUCCCCAAUCUGUGCGAGCCCCACACUGUUGAGUAUUCUGGAAGCAGAAAAUUCAAGCGAGAGAGAACUCGAAACAAAACUCUGUGUGGGUCUUCCCUUUUGUCUUUUUACUAAUUAUUUAUUUCAACAGGAAAGUGAUCUCAGUCCUAAAGAGAGGAAUAGGCUAUUCAGCUCUCCUAGCCCUACUUCAUAAGAACGUAAGAAUAGGGGUAGACAGUUCAAACCCCAUGCCUGCUUUGCCAGUCAGUAAGAUUGUAUCACUUUGCUGGCCCUCAGUUUUCCUCUGCUAAUAAAAUGUUCCGAUCCCAGUCUGGAAACCUUCAAUUCAUGAUCUUCUGGGAGAGAGGGUUCCAGAUUUCUGAAAGCAUUUGUGUGGAGAUAGUGUAUCCAGACUGACUGACCAGCCCAAAACAAGAGUGAUGCUGGAAUUGUGGACAAGCUAAGAUCUGGCAGAAGAAAAACAAUUUCACAUUUUAAGCAUAGUCUUUCAUCAGAAUGCAUCCAAGUUGAGCUUAUCUCAAGAAACGUGCUCUGCCCUAGACACCUAGUAACGCUAUUAUUGCUUAACCGACCCAUUUCUCUCACAGUCUGUGCUACUUUCUAUCUUUCACAUUAACAAGUGAUUAAUCAUUAGGGUGGAGUUCCAUUGAUGUCAUUCAUUGUUCUGUUAAUUUGUCAAACUACAAUCUGCUGUUCAACCACAAGUGGCAUCACAGUCGCACUUUAUUUGGUUGGAGUAUGCCUCUGGGAAGUGAUCUAGAGGUGGAAAUACACUCCAUAGCCUCCAUACUCAGUCUCAAAAUUGACGUUUUGAACUUCUCCUGCAGAGCUGAGCUAACUCCGCAUGGACCAGACAGUGUUUCAGAAACUUUCUUGUCUUUGUGACUCCUUGUUAUCUCUGAUGUUGCCUGGUUCAGUUUCUGAUCAAUGGUGAUCACCCCAGGGUGAAGCUGCCCUGUUGUUUGUGGGUGGGCUUUUUCUUGGUCAUUGAAGGGUAGCUGCUUAAUUCCAAUCCUGAUGGAGGGCAGUUCUUGAAUGAAUGGCGCGUGUUUCCUGGCUCCAUCCUUUUGAUUAUCCAGCAGGGAGUAUAGGCUGGAAGUAGGCCUGAGGAAAGCCUUUCUCUGAGGGGGGGGGGGGGGCUUCUCACUUUCCUACUGGCAAACUCAGGAUAUUAAGAAGUCCUUGGAAGGUUGUCUCUGUUCCAGUGCAGUUGAGGGAACAGGCACUGUGCUUCUCCACCCCUCUGCAGCUACCUCUGUCUCCCACCACCUCUGUUGCUGGACACCACAGGACUUUUGUUACCAUGAGAACCAGGGCAUUCACCUCACAUGUAGUGAUGACCUCUGGGAUCAGAAGGGGUUUUCGUGAGUUGUGAUGUCCCCCACAGUUAAUCUCCUGAGCAAUAUUAAAGCUUCCCUGUGAAGAAAAACCACCCUGUGUAGGUUGCAUGUGGACACAGUUUGUCAUGUGAUGUUCCGCCAUAUAUCAUAGUGAUCUGUCUGAUAUCUGUUUCCCAGUGGGCUGCUUGCAUCCAUGAUUCAAUUUUCCUUUAAGUUAAAAGUCGAGAGAAUUGUCUAAAACAAAGUUUGACUUUUAUUUUAAGGUGCUAGCUGACUGGGGCAUUUCUAACAGGUUUGAUAUAUUACCAGGAGAUCUUUCCAAGUCCUCAGUCUAUUAAUACCAUAGUUAACCAUAGACAGUGACACCAUGUGUUGUGACAUUUCAAAACUUGAGUGCAUCUGGAAUAAUCUCACUAUGUUUACAUAUUAUACUUAAACUCAGUCAAAAAUUCCAUAACUAUUGUUUCGUUUUUCUGCAUUGACGCAAUAUGAAGAUUUUAAAAAUAUACAAAUGCUGUACACUAAUGUUAUAUUGUAUUAACGAGCGUUAGAAAUGUAGAGAAUUUUUUUUUUCCCAAGUUGAAAGCCAUUAUUUCAGAAGCUGCUUCAAUGUUCAGGUUUAAAUGCUUGCUUUAGCUUUUUGGCUGCGGAGGUAGCUGCUUUAAGGUUGCAGUAGCAGCUUUAUAUAUCAAAAACUCAAUAAUGUACACAUAUCGAUGCAUGCUGAAUACCGAAUAUUCUCAUUUAUGCUGGAAAUAUCAAAUUGUAAAUUGCUGAGGUGACGCAAUGAUGUGAUGGGUUUAGACACUUGCCUUACGCAUCGGGGAGCUCUGUUCAAAUGCAGCUCAUGUUAAAGUCCUGCCCCUUGUCUGCUCACUCCCAGGGAUUCUGUGACUUUCCAGAUAAUGCCAUCCUCCCAACCUCAAUGUAGUGAGCUCACAAUGGCAGUGUUGCUGUUGGAUGAAGCUAGAGGAUUGUUGGUGUCUGUGAGAGGAAUUCACAGCUCUGCUUUGUGGAGGUUGUGGUAUGGUUUGGAGGGUGCUUUGCCCUGUCUUUUCACACUACAGGUGACCAAAGCUGAAACUAUUGCACUUCAUUGCUCCUAAACAUCCUGUGCCUUUCCUCCGGAAUUCACCCAAGCAAAUACUAGGGUAUUUUAACUUUUUUCAUGUUAAGGGUUUUUUUUGUAAUUUUGUAUGGAUUUCUUGGAUACCAACUUCAGGUUUUUCAUAAACUUUGCACAUUUUAA